UUAGCUAGCUGUCAAAAAAGUGAGGUUAUCUUUCGUGCAGUUAUUUUUCUUGGUUAUUUUCGGUAAAUUCGUUAAUAAAAUCUAAAAUGUCGCUGCCACCAGCAAGCGGCACGGGUAGAUUUUUCGCAAAAGCUGCGAAAUCUAUACGUUUGAUCCGUCAAGGAUGUACUAAUAGGCCUUUUUUUCAUAUAUCUGUAACUCAGCGAAAAAGACUGAACAGCCAGCCAGUGAUCGAACAGCUGGGUUCAUACGAUCCUAUGGCAAACAUAAACAACGAAAAGUUGGUUGCUCUCAAUCUUGAAAGAAUGAAAUACUGGCUAGGAAAAGGUGCUCAUGUUUCCCCACCAGUGGCUGAAAUACUUGGUUUAUCUGGCUUCUUCCCCAUCCAUCCGCGGACAUACAUGACGGCGUGGAGAAACAGACGAACGGAGAGAGAAAACUUGGCAAAACAACUAGAAGCCGAGAAAGCCAAGGAAGCAGCAGCCUGAAUGUUACCAUAGUCUAGUUUCUUGUAUAGUGUAUUGUUAGUUUAAUAAAUAUUUCUAAACACAA